AUGAUGGAUGAAGGCAAAUUACCCGACAAGAAAGCCACCGGCUCAGUUAAAGCAGCUAUUAACUCUUACAGAGAGCGGAUUCUCGACGAAAAUUCUACCAUAAUAAAAGAAUUCCAAUCAAUUUACCCUGAGAAGCAUAAUAACAAAACAAGAGAGCUACAUCAGGCAAAGAGGGACACUAACCAGUUAAAGGAGAGCCAACAGCUCGCAGAACUAGCAAAGGUCGAAGCAGAAUCCGAGCUAUCAGCUGCAAAGAAGACGGUAAAAGAUUUGACUCGAAAAAUUGAGGAAUUAAAUACAAGGGGCAAAUCGCAAAUGCUGGUCCUUGAAAAAAUAAAGAUGGAUAAAUCGAGGGAAGUUGAACGGGACCUUGGAAAUUUCCAGCGUGAGCAAGUGAUGAAAGAAUUGCAAUCCAUAAAACGAGAACUGAAUAGACUUAAACUGGACAUGGCUUCAAUUUUGGAGGAAAAAAACAGCGCAGAGAAAGAAAUGGAGGCGGCACUUUCAAAAGCGCAGUCUUUCUUGAGUUCAGUCGAAGCACUCGAUAAAGAAAUUGAGAAAGUCAAUGAAGAGCAUGUUCUGGUUGAGCUGGCUCGAAUAGAGGCCAUCAAGGAAUAUCAAGAGUUUCAAGCUCAAAGAAGCGAAAAUGCCGAAAAAUACUCAGCUGCAGUAGACGAAAAGCAGAAGGAAAACCAUAAAAUGAUUCAAGAAACUGAAAGUAUUAACGACAUGGAGGCGAAUUUGGCUAUCACGUUGUCAGAUAUCAACAUUUUAGAGAGUGAACUACGACAACUGAAAAAAAUGGACAAGGGGCUCGAAAGUAACAAAGUCUUGAAUUAUGGGGAAGAACCAGGAAAUGCAGCAUCAUUGUUAGAGUCAGUACUGAAAGAGUUGGAGACUGCAAAACAUGAGUUGGCUUUAGCUAAAAAAGAAAGCUUCCAGUUCAUGGCGUCCAUGGACGUCAUCAGGAACGAGCUUAGGCUCAUCUCAGACCAAACGGCUCAAGAGAAAAAGAAAGAAGAAGAAACAGAGAUGGGCAUCCAGAAUCUAAACACAAAGCUUCUGAGGGCCAAAUCCAAGCUGGAAAUAGCAUCUGCAAGUGAAGCAAAGGCUAAAUCGGUCGCCUUGAGUCUAACUGUCACGCUCGAGCAGAUCAAAUCAGAAGUAGAAACAGCUAAAAAUCAACGAUCCCUGAUUGGCAAAGAGAACACAAUAAUUAAGGCAGAGAUUCAGAGAUUCGAGACUGAAACAGAGGCCGUUGAGGAAAAAUUACAAUCCGCACUGCAAGAUUUAAGAGCCGUCAAGUCAUCAGAAGCAGUGGCCAUGGAGAAUCUCAAAUCCCUGAUCGAGAAAACAAUAAGGGAUAGAACUUCGGCUUCUCAGGCUAGACCAACAAUAACAAUUUCCAAGUUCGAGUAUGAUUACCUGACAGGGCACGCGGCCGUGGCCCACAAGGUUGCGGAUAGAAAAGUUGAGGCGGCUCAGGCAUGGGUUGAGGCCCUGAAGGCGAGCGAAAAGGAAAUUCAGAAUAAAUGUGAGCUUUUGAAAAGAGAAAUUAGAGAAAUGAGAGUGGAGGAGUUACAUAAGAAGGCCCAAUCAAAUGAAGAAUUAGCUAAUGCAGAGGAAACAGUCGACGAGGUAGACUUUGAGAAGUGGAGGCAAAUGGUAAAACCUGAAUAUCCGAAGCCAAGGUUUGGAUUUUCUCGAAAGGCCAUAAACAGAAGACGAGAAAAAGCUCGAGAAUCAGGGUCUCCAGUAAUUCGUGGUACUCCAAGAUCGACAUCCUUCUCUGUCAGGAGGAGAACAAAAGUGAUGCCAAAUCUGGCCAAGUUCUUCAAAUCAAAAGGCAUUGAAGAAUAA